AUGUCCGGUCUAGGCUCUCUCCGUCUCCUCGUGAUGUCAAAGUCAAUUAUCUGUCGUAAAAAUGUCCUUCCCCCGGAGCCGCCAGAUCCGGCGACGGUAACAUCCGUGAAAAGCGCAAACCCUUUGAAACCACCGGAACCACCAGACCCACCAGAUCCACCUGAUUCACUAUAUUCCUAUGGGCCACCGACCCUCUCCCGGAUCUACCCAUCCGCCUUGUCUCCUGUCGGUUCAGUCUAUUCAUCUGCUCUUUCUUCGGUGAACCCUCAAAGGGUCAGAUCUGAUUUGGACUCUGGUACGAGGCCCCUCACCAUCUCGCAAGUCACCUCCAAUGAGCUUGUCGAGGGCAAUUCCAGUCUCCCUCUUGAAGUCGAAUCAUCCCUCGCCCCAUGGAAACAACCAUAUCCGCCGCUUCUGUGGCCAGCCUUUCCGUCAAAGAUCUGUAGCUCGACCGUCGUCUCAAGCCCCUCAUCGCCAGCAUCUCAAAACCCUAGUAUGAAUGCCAUCCUCUUACGUCUGGGCCUAGACCAGUCUGGUUGCUCAGUAGCCCAUCUAAGACCCACAUCAAGAUUUUCAUCCUCUGUCGGCCCAGUAAUAAUCCAGGUCACAAAGCUCACACCUUAA